AUGAGGAAGAGAUGGGAAGAAAGGAAUAAGGAAUAUGAGAAAGAAAAAAGAAAGGAGAAGAAAAAGAAGAAAAGGAAGAAGAUGAAUAUGGAGAAGCAGAAGAAGAAAAAGAAGAGGAGAAAAAAGGAAGUUGAAAAAAAGGAAGUAGAAAGAGGAGGGGGAGGAGAGAGUCCUGAUCAGGGUAGGUUAUUGCCAGGUCAACAGGAAUUGCUUGCUGACAUCCUUCAGAAAGAAUCAGUGCGCAAGAUGAACCAUGGUAAACCAGUAGGAACCAGGAGAGGUAGUCUUCCAGGAUUGCACUUCUCGGGUCAGGCUACACCAGGAAGAAGACGAGGCAAUUCAUUUACUGAUGGCCAACACCAGUAUACAGAUAACGCAUAUUACAAGUUUUUACCAGAUGAUAUAGCCUUUAGUCAGGUGCUUCCACCAGUAUGGUUCCUAGGGAAGAUCUCAAGAUCCAAAGCAGAAGAGAUCCUCCACCAGUCAACAUCCAAUGGUGAUCUUCUCUUGAGAGAGAGUGAGGCUCACCCAGGGCAGUAUACACUCUCAGUAAGACAGGAUACUGAUAAUAAGAGCCUCAUCAGACACUAUAUGUUCAAGAAAAACCCUUUUGGGUUCAUCCUACUGAUUGAGGAUAAGCCUCCAGUGCUAGGUUCAAUGUAUGAGCUGAUGUGGUUUUUUAUCCAAGAGAGUGGAGGACAUUUAUUACCCAUACAAAAGAAUCCUAAUCUACCAUCUACAAUUUAUGACUUCAGUGUACCGACUCCACAAUGUAAGUACAAUUAGGAUGCACAUUAUACCUACACUCAACAAUGAUAAUGACAAAAAUAAAAUAAUUAACAUUAAUUUGUAUAGCACAGCUUUUACAUGAAUAUAUUCAGCUGCUCUAGUUCAGAGCUCUCUUUACUUAAUUCUAUGUGUACACAGAUUUGUCUUUAUUAAAGAGAUAUGUUUUCAAUUUCAAUAUGAAGAUGAAGUGAGUGAUGGUGAAUUUUUUAUGUCAAUUGGCAGGCUAUUCCAAAGUUUAGGGGCAGCAAGUGCAAAUGCGCGAUCGCCGAAAGUGACUUUUGUUUUGUGAAAGGGAUCUGGAACAAUAAUUCAUCUAUGGAACUUCGCAGACGAGUCGACUAUGUGAUUGGGUUUUAAGUUAAUAGACAAAAUGAAAAUAUAUUUCUUAUUGGUAAGGGCAGAGAAUUUGACAGUGCAGUUGCGGAAACUGCAAAAGCCUGGUGAGCUUCAGUUUGUAAAUUAGCAGGUUGUAAUGAUGAUUGAAUUAAUGAGUCAACUCUUCAAAAUAGUGGACUCAUGAAUAAAAUAGUCUGCUGAACCAUGGAGCUACUAACACAGAUGGAGAUCCAGCUUCCAAUUCCUCUAUUAAUAGUUUGUUAUCGCUUCCUUCAGGCGAAAGAAUGAUAUCUAACAUCAAUCGGCGAGCCGCCAGGCGAAAAUAAGAGCCCGCUUACAUAAGGCGAUAAGCCCUCUUGUAAAACCUGAGGUCAGAGAUUCUUUGAAGGUCCCUUCGAUGCACCGCCGUAAAUGACGUUCUCCCACACAACUUCCUCUCGAAGCUUUAGUUUUUUAAUCAGGACACGACUUACUGUCCUUCCAACAUCCAUAUCUCUUCGUACGGAUUCCUGAUGUACGAUUUUGAUGUAUGGUUGAACUUCUGAGAUGAUCCCCUUUGCAUACAUACCAAAUACAUUACAAUUUGAUUCAACCCAGCCACAGUACGUACAGAAAAGUUGGACAUUAGUCAUUUAUGUAUGUCUGUUUUCUUGCUUUAUUUAAACCUUUUCCUGUACGCUCCUGUCUUAGAAAUUAGAGGCGGAAAAGCAUACUUUAAAGGAGAAUGAAACUCUUGGAGCAAGUUAGCUUUUGUGAAAGCAGACAAAUCAAAGAAUAAGAUCAACAAAAGUUUGAGUAAAAUAGGACUAGCAAUAGAAGAGUUAUGAGCAUUUGAAUGUCGAGAUCACAAAUGCUAUGGAGAUCCUCCCAUUGGCAAUGCGACCAAGAUCUAUGAUGUCACAGAUGAACAACUCUCCCCUUUUGGACAAUGAAAAUAUACCCCAAAACAUCUCUUUUUGCUCAUUCUAAUCAUAUGACAAACGAUUCAUCAAUGACAUAAUGUUGUGAAACCUCUUUACUUGUCCUCUCAUAAAGAGAACACCUCACCUUGUGAUAGACUCUAUAAAAGUGAGAAUAUAAGUGAAAUAAGUACUAAAGUAAUGAGGGAGUUGUACGUGUGUGACAUCCAUAGAGAUGUAUACUAAUAACGCUAGAGGGCGUACUUCGUCAAAUCGCUGUGAUUACGCGGAGACCGGCAGCCAUUACUCGAUAGGUCUUCGCAGCCUGCCAUGCGCGUACAGUACCUAUGGGGCAUGUACUGUGAUAGCACAGAAACGGAACAAAAUGAUGACAUAUGAGCGCGAAAGCAAAUGGAAAAGUUAAAUAGUUACAGUUUAAAUUAACAAAAAAUCUAACGAAACUGAGAACAAAAAUGCCCAUAUAUAUAUAUGGGAAUAUCAAUAUAGCGCAUAAUAUACAGGCCAAUUAAUGAUACAUCCCCAAUUGUUUUUGCUUUGGUCAUAACAUUUCGAUACACUAAUAUGACUGUUAUUUUCUAAAGAUUUGGAAGGGAUGAAUAUUAAAAAUAACAUGUAGGCCUGGGCAUAUUGUUCUAGGGAGUCCUUAAUUAACAAAUUUAUAACAUGUUCAAGUUGUCCUCAGAAAUUUAGUCAAGAAAGUUAACUUUGCCUAUACAGGCCAUAUCACAUUGUCUAAUGCAUAUGAGACACUGGCCGGAUCUAAGUGAGAGGGGGGCAGAGCCGGCUCGUGACCCCCCCCCCCCAAUUUCGAGAGGCACAGUUAAAAUUUGUAAUGUUAAAUGCCGUUAAAACACACUAGUGUACCCCCCUUUGAAUUAUCCACCCCCGUCCCCCCCUUUUGGAAAAUCCUGGAUCCGCGCCUGAUCUGAGACACAAUGUACUGAUAGAAAAUACAAUUGCAUUAUUUUCAAGUAGUUUCAUAAUAACCAUGAUGCUGAUAAUUUAUUUCUUCAUUUUUUAGAAUAAUUGUUAUAAUUUAUUUUCCAUAUAUACAUGUAUAGAUCUACACAUAGAAAUCAUAUGGGCAUAACUCCUUUUCCCCCAUGGAUUUAAUUGUCGAUGUAAUCGUCAUCACAAUAACUCGUGAGUCAUAAAAUGACUUUUUAUUGAUAAUAUUUGAAAAUGAUUUACACAUUGGUCCAGUUAAUUGAUGAAUCUAUAAGUUUAUGAUUUAUAUUUCCAAUGUUGGCAACCAUCCGAUCAUAUACUUUCUUACUUGCAAAUCAAUGUAGAAAAGUUUGUUGACAGCAAAAUUUGCAUAUCGAAUGCGCGCAUGCAUGCAGUCGUACAAUAAAAUAUUUUGCAAUGUAUACAGGAGGCCUAAUAUUAAGGGUAAUUGUGUUUACAGUAUUGCCUUGUAAACAUGAUAAACAAAUUACGAUGCGUGUUUAAUGCAACAUAAAAGAUUUUCACUCUGAUUUUCUGGAAAAUCUAGACUUAAUUCACCCCGGCUGAAACUACCAUGCUGAUCGACAAACCGGUUGAGAUAUUGUGUUUGUGAUCCUAUGAUUGAACCAAUAUUAUGUGAACAAUCAAGGAUCGAAUAAUAAGAAGAGGAAGAAGGAGGAGGAGAAGGAGAGGAGAAUAAACAGAGCGGGAGGGGGAUAUAAUAUUUUUUUUAAUUAUACUACGAAGUACAUUAUUACUGCAUCUGAGUGUAUAAAACAAAUUGAUAACAAUAUCCUGAAAGAGAUACAUGCACACUUAAACUUAUCAUAAAAACUUUUGUAAAAUUGUGAGUACGAAAACCAAACAUAUUAAACAAUAAUCAUAGGCCUAUUGUAAAACUGACAAAUCCUUGGAAUAAGAUAUUACAAAUUGUCGGCUGUUGAGUGAUCAUCCUAAUUUAACCUCAAAUAUAAUACCUGUCUUGAAAUUGUGUUAAUCAAAUGAAUGUGACUGUGUUGCUUGAAUAUUAUUUAACUUAAUCAUGUUAAUGACAAAGAUUGCCUAACACUGGCACCGGCCUCUCGGCUCUGUGUAUAAACAGAUAUAAACACACGUUUUACAGAUUCUGUUUUUCCCCCUUUUUUGGUCAUUUUAAAAGUAUAUACUGAAUUUGAUUUUUUCAUUUUUUUAAAAAUGAUACGAAUUCCAUGGAUGAACAAAAUUAUUAUGUCAGUUUAUUACGGGGCUGCGGAAUGAUUUUGAAAGUGGUGGUCGGGGGGAUGCAUAAAAUCACAAUCAAAUUUUAUUAUGUACUGUUCAUUUUCACUUCAGGGAGGGGUCCGGUCGCGCCCCCUGUACUUGAAUACUUUUAUUUUGAUUGUGAAUUUGCUUGGAUGCGUAUGUCACGUCACCCCACCCCCUAAAAAGCGAAUAAAAUAAACCGAUUCUAACUCAAAGAGAAGGGUAUUAAAAGCAAAAAUUUUUGAACAAUGAAAAGUCAUUCUAGAUAUUUUUUAAAUCAAUAUCUCAUUUUCGGUGCCGUAUAGGCCUGCAGAUUUUUAUCAUAUUCCUAUGAGAAAAAAAAUUAAUAAAACCACUGAAGACCCAAUAUAGUUUCACCAUUGAUGGUGUAACGGGAGGCUCACCAAGAAAAAUUAAUGAGAUGCCCUGAAUUGCUAAUAAAACUAAAAUAGCUCAUAUAUAGUUAGUAUAAGAUAAAAACACUAACUUACACAAAUUAUUGUACAUU